AUGAGAACGCUAUACGAAAUUUUGGAGGUUUCUCCAACAGCGACAAAGGAUGAAAUCAAGCGGGCAUACAAGAAUAAGGCAAUGAAGACUCAUCCAGAUAGAUUCACACGAGAAGGUGUAUCGCCCGAGGAGCGAAAGCAAGCCGAGCUCGAGUUUCAAAAGGUCAACGCGGCAUACGAAGUGCUCUCCAAUGAUGCCACGAGGCAACAGUAUGACCGCACCGGCCAGGUUCCAAAUAAUUCUAGCCUAGGAGCCAGCCCCCAGUCGGCCUCUGCUCGACCGCAAGCCCAGGAUCCAUUCUCGCAUCCAUUCUUCAACCAGGGCUUUGGGUUCGGUGCAGACAGCUUCUUCCACGAUGCCAACCGCUUUGGAACACCGUUUGGCGGGUUUGGCAAUUCAAGAGGCUUUGGGAACAUGGGAUUCGGCUCCGCAUUUGACGUUUUCAAUAAUGAUCCUUUCUUCAACCCAAGAAUGCGCCAGAGAACGCAGGCGCCAAACAUGUUUGGUGGCUUCCCCGACCCAGACCAGUUGAUGCACGACUUUAUGCAACCACCGCUCUCCAGGGCCUUUGGGAAUCGACUGUUUGAUCCACCGGCGUUUCCGUUCCAAGCGACAGGCCAGCAGGCCAUGAAUGGCAAUGUUCAUUCGAGCUUCUUCUCCUCUUCCACGACCUCGACGUACCAGAAUGGCCGAUGGAUCUCCGAGUCACACGAGGAGAGUAAUGUCGACGGCGUGAGCAGGAAGCAAAGUCAACGCAGCUGGAUGGAUGCAGACGGUAUUCAACAUACUGAGCGUAUUGGACCCGACGGCUCUAGUCGUUACUUGCGCAACGGCGUCGAGGAGCAGAGACCUGGCGCGCUGCCUGCACCCCAACCGCUCGUAUCCGAGUACUCGGCCAGAACCAGGCGUUCUAACUCUCGCCGUGACUGA